AUGGAGAGCUUCAUGGAGAUGGCCAACCUGAAAUCUCUCAGCUAUGAGUCGGUGCUGCAGUUUGGCAAGAUGAACAGUAGCAGCAACGCCGUGGUUACCCGCGAGGCAGCGACGGAGGAACAGUUCAGAUUCGAAUCCGGAGAGGAAGCCUUCGAUGCUAUCAAUGCCAACGCAGGCUUUACUGAAUAUAAAUUCUCGCUCGAGAUUGAGGGGCCAGGGUCAAGGAAGCAGUUCACCACCACGGAGACUACCAAGCGCAGAAUAGUCAGAGACGCAUGUGGGGUUCCAUCUCAGUCAACCGUUCGGGUAUAUAAAAAGGUUGACACUACUGAGCUGCAGACCUGGUUUGAGGGCGAAGAUUGCUAUGUGGCAGCCACUGAUGCAGGUAUUGUCCGUGGCAAUAUCUUGAGAGAAUCUUAUCAAUCAUGGGACAAUUGA